CGAAGAUUUGGAGUUGGACUAGUCCGUCUGUAACUUUUAGCAGAGUGAGAUUGCGCGGCUGCGUGAGUAGACGUAACGUCUAUCCGUGAAGCGUAUAUUUUUAUCAACAACAAAGUUACGCAGUCUUGUUGUGUUAUUAUUUUUUUUUAUUUUAAAUUUAGUUUUUUGUCCUACAUAAUAUAGUCGCCAUGUUUACAAAGAACACUUUCAAGGUGUUAUAUUUCCGUGUUCUGGCACGACGCCAGUUUAAAUAAGCUGAUACGAUUUUUGAUUUCUCAACAAAAUCAAUUGUUAAUUGUAAUUUCUUAUUUAAAAUAUAUUCGUUGAAUCCAAAAAAAAUAUUGUAUUCGAUUUUAAAAAACUCCUAGUAAGACGUUAUAGUGUACGUAUAGUUACAAUCAGUUGUGAUAUAAGUACAUACAUUACUUAGAUAAUUCGGGGGGCAUCGUAGAAACCUUGGAAUGUACUCGAUUUGUAUAUUCUUGUAAAGGUUCAUUUAAUUAGUGGAAAUGAAGUGAAGUGCCGAAAAUGAGUGUGGAAAUUAACCAAAGCAACCCGGAAAAUGGGUCUCGUCCGGCGGUUAACGUUAAUAAAGGGACUACAAUAAACAGAUGUGCCCCCAAAAAGUCUUUGGAGUCGAAGUUGUGGGACUUGUUACAGCCCGUAGCUAGACUUUGGGGAAUAGUAACGGCUAUCGUGAUGAGCGGCGCCGGCGCAGAAUUAAUGGUUCUGGGGUACGAAGUCGCCCCAGGGUUAAUUGCUGGAGCAGCCCUAGUGUUCAUAUUGGAGACUAUGUGGGUGGCGGCACUGUUUAUUGACCUUUUAUGCCGUCGUGGUGAAUAUUCCAUGAAGUUGAGGUGUUGGGAUUUCAUGAGGUGGUCCUGUGGUCGUGCGCGGGCACCGUUCUACGCGUGUGCGGCUACAGCAAUACUGUUUGCUAAUCUUACAAUUUUGGCUACGGUGUCAGGUGGCAUGUUGCUCGUGCUGGCAGCACUGCGGGCCACCGUCCCGUUCUCCCCGUACGCGACCCACGGACCGCAUUCCCCCCGCGCUGGCAGCACGCUGCUGAGUCAGAACGACUCGAACAUACCCGACGUCUAUUACAAUGCAGCACAAUCUGCUGACGAAAGAUGUGAAGAAAUGACAGUUCUUAAUGUGAAGUCAUCAGACAGGUCACGCUCAGUAACACCGAAACCGCGACUUCUAGAACUUUGACUUAUUUUAUUAGGUAACAAAAAUAUGAUCGCUAAAUGAAUUCUUCAAACGCGGUUUCAAAGAUAACAUUAUCAAUAUGCGUUACCAGACUUCGUACUUCAGCGAGAAAACUAACUCGGCCAACUUUGUUCUUAAAAAUGUAGUAAAUUUCUACAUAGAACUCUAAGUGGAGUGAUUUUUUAUAUCCGCUUGUUUUUAUAUGGUUUCGUCGAAAUUAAAAUUAUGGUUCGUUUCUGAAAAUGAAUGCUGAAUAAAUUUUGAUCAAAAUCAUUUCUGAAACAGCAAUAAAAUCAACGAAUAAUAAUAAUAUUUAAGUUAAAAAUGUAAAGCAAGAUAAAAAAUUGGUAAAAUAAAAUGUCUACAAAUGUAUCUAAACAUGCACAAAAUUUGACUUCGAUUUAAGCACUAUUUUUUUUUUAAUUUAAUUUUUUAUGGCCUCUAAGGUACCUCGACAGUGGCAAUCUCGUCAUUUGGUUAACCUUUUAAAAACGGGCCUAUAUUUUUUUAUUAAUUGAAUGUUCAUAUCGAUGUGAUUCAUAAAAUACUGUCUAAUAUUACUAAAUUAUAAAUGGACUUUGUAAGGAAGUAAGUUAUUACAUAAAUGGUAAAAAGUUAAUAAUACUAGAAAUAAAUUAUUGAAAUAUUUAUUUUCUACUUUUAUAUGUCCUUAAAAUCUGUGAUAGAAUAGAUUAGUUAGUUACGUUUAUGUUAAGAUUGAAAUCGAAUUACAUGAAGUGAAUAUACGCGUGUAUUAAUAAAUAAUAAAAUAUU